GGCAAGGCGAAGGUCAGGCAGUAGCAUGUUCAAACUCUCGGAGCUGGUGCGCUGGCUGGGGCUCACCGAGUUCGAGAUCCUGGUCAACCUGUGCGGCCUGCUUGUGUUCACCAUCACGCUGGCCGUCAAGCUCCAUCUGCAGGCCAGGGCCGGACCCGGCGGCAUACUCCCGGAGCCCAUGGGCGACUGGUUCACCGUUUUCAGCCCCCUGUUCUUCAUCGACAUCUGCAACGCGUACUUCUGCGUCAUUGUGGGCAUUCGCAUGUACCUGGACUCUAACAACAAGCGCAAAGCCCUGCAUCGCUUCAUGUGGAGCACGUAUUUCCUGGUGCUCAUCGCCAUCUUCAAGUACCUGCUCUGCCUGAAGCUAUCCAGCAAGACGGGCCUCGAGUACUCGGAGGUCUUCUCGCCAAUCUUCGUUCUGCUGCAGCUUGUGGCUGUGCGCGCCUGCCAGUUGCCCAACUCCAUCUGAACCAUAGACAUAGCAAAGUCCUAGUUCUGUAUUAUGCAUAUAACUAUUCUGAUAUGAUACGCCGGUGGAAGCCUUUUAAUCAAUGGGUGUUGCAUGGAUUGGUAGUUAUAUACGCAAUGUGGUACAAUAAUUUUUAAGCGGUACGAAAUUUAAUAUAUAAGAAUAAUGUCUGAUCUGAUUCGGUAUGAAG